UGAAUGUAAAUAAACUACAGAGGAAACGGGUGGGCGCUGUCUUCCCAUAUACAAACGAAAGACAAAGAACACUAAUGGAUUCCAAGCAACAACCUCCACCUGACUAUUCAGGUCAGCAACAAGGUGGACCUCCCCCAGGGCAAUAUGGACCUCCUCCAGGGCAAUAUGGACCUCCCCCAGGGCAAUAUGGACCUCCCCCAGGACAAUAUGGACCUCCCCCAGGGCAAUAUGGAGUACAGCCUGGUUAUGGACCACCACCUGGUCAGCCAUAUGGGCAGAACGUGCCCCCGCCCCCUCCAGGUCUGCAGAAUGUUCAGGUACAGCAGAUGUGGGCUGCCCGUCCUGAGCCCAUUCCAGGCUGCCCUCCUGGGCUAGAGUACUUGACAAUGGUGGAUCAGCUUCUUGUUAAACAGCAGAUUGAGCUUUUAGAGGUUUUCACAGGAUGGGAAACUGCAAACAAGUACAAGAUUGUAAACACAGGUGGACAACAAGUCUACUUCGCAGCUGAAGAAUCUGAUACCUGCACUCGCCAGUGUUGUGGUCCUAAUAGAAGUUUCACAAUGCACAUCACAGACAACAUGGGACAGGAGGUGAUCAGGGUUACACGAGAGUUUAAGUGUUGUGCUGGGUGCCCAUGGUGUGCCUGUAUUGACGCUCUGGCCCACGAGAUUACUAUUGAAGCACCACCCGGACAGGUGGUGGGAUAUGUCAAACAGGAACAGAGCUGGUGUCCACCAAGCUACUCGAUACAGGAUGCUAAUCGCCAGGAGAUCUUACGCAUCAGUGGACCUGUCUGCAUGAUUACAGGGCCAUGUUGUCCAAAUGACAUCGACUUUGAUGUCUUGGCUAAAGAUGGAAGCACACCGGUGGGAAAGAUCAGCAAGCAAUGGAGUGGAUUGAUGAGGGAGUAUUUCACUGAUGCUGACAACUUUGGAGUUUCUUUUCCAAUGGAUCUAGAUGUCAAGAUCAAGGCAGUGAUGGUUGGAGCAGUGUUCCUCAUUGACUUCAUGUACUUUGAGAACAACCAAAAUAACAAUAACCAUCAUCACUAGUGUUUGGGCAGGUUAAACACUAUACAAAUAGGGACAAAAUGUCCAGGAUGGAAACACUAUAGUGGAAACGAGAACAUGAAAUCCUAAAACCCAGGCUGGGCAAAACAGUUAUAACUUACAUAAAAAAAUGUGUAUAAUUUGGAGAUAUACAAACUAGGAGAAACAUAUUUAGUAAGAACUUAGUAGCAUUUUUAUCCUCUCUAUACUGUUUAGAAGUAAAUGUAGUUACAAUUUUUUUUUUAAAAAUUGAAUUUUAGAAAAAGUUAUGCAUGUAUUUUAGAAAUUAGCUGCAGUGUACAAUAUUGGCUUGUUUAAGUCAUUUUAUUAAGGAAGUACUGUAAAUGUAUUAUUCAUGAGGGUAGAGAAUGUUAAAAGAUUUAUCCAUGAUGUACCACAAUAUUAUAUGAUUAGAGCAGUGUUCUAGUUUUUUUUACAUACAUGUAUAAUUGUAUAUACCGUUGUUUGACAUUAUUGUAUGACUCCUAAAUUUCAACUCUGAUUGGCUAAUAUCCCCCUACAUGGGAAUAAUAUUAUGCUUCCCUCACAUUCUGUUGAUAUCUUCAUCUUUUUUCAUUUGAUUAAAUGAAAAAACUGUUUUAAUAUGAUACAAUACAAUAGUUAGUGGCCUGUAUUUUGUCCAUCCAAUCAUUUAGCUACCUUCAGUGACCUCAUCCUUCAGAUUCAUUGAUUAUUCUCUUUCUCUAGUAACUAAUUAUAAAUGACUAUUUCUCAAACAAGUCAGUAUAAUAUUGGAGUAUUAUAUCAUAGUUUUAGGCAUACAGUAUAUUAACUGGGAAUUAAAUAUAGGAACUUUUGCUUGUGUUAAAGCUGAGCUAAAGUUCCAGUAAUAUUGGUGCAUCUAAUUGGUGUUCAUUGUUAAGUAAGAACUUAUUAGUAAAGUUUCAACAGAAACUAAUGUUUAUAUGUUCAUUUUAGAAUUUUGUCUACUGUGGUUUAGCUUGAAAUCUUAUUUAAAUACAAUGUACAUAUCAGGACCAAAGAGCUAAAAAAACAUUAAAGUAUUUCAUGUUGGCUUUGUUUGUUGUUGUAUGAUUACGAUUUAAUCUUGAAUGUGAAAAAAUUAUAAAUGUUAGCCUGUUUCUUUUACGUAAUAGUUUAUAUAAACAUUCAUAAUUUCCAAAAAGACAUAUUUUCAAAUGAAUGAUUUGGGCUUAAUUCAAUGUUGACCAAAUGAAUUCAAUGUUGACCAAAUGAAUGUAAUUGUCAUUUUUACUGGUUUGUUUUCUACUCCACGUAUUUUAGCCUCCUUUAUAAAAGAGAUUUUGUAUGUGUUAUUCUGAAGUACAGCAUCCACUUCAUAUGUUUACUCUGAAACUAAGUUGAUUCAUUUUUUUUAUCUUUCUCUGGAAUGAUUUCAAGAAAAAAUAAUGAAGAAAGGUACAAGUUUACAGCACGUGACAAAAUUAUCAGGGAUAUUCCAUGCAACAACCAAUUCAUUCUAAAUGCACCUUUCACAUGAAUACAUGCACAUAAUAUGCAAUUAAAUGUAACUGAGGA